GUAUUCAGACCCCUUCAUUUCGUGAUGUAUUUUUAAUUGUAAACAGAUUAAACCGUCAUUUCUGUCCAUCACUCAGUAACAAAAAAAACCUGGGAUCUCACUGAUAUCACUGUUUAUUACUGUAAUAAAUGUUGAUAUAAUCUGUAUGAGUUACUCAUGUAAUCUCUCUUUUGUUUAUUUAUUUACUGAUAGAGUUAGUUACUGUGUUAGGGUUAAUCCCUGCUGAACGUGACGCUGCUGAUCAGUGAUAUUAAUAAUAAUUCAGUAAUAAUAUAGUAAUGUAACAGUAACAGGGAAUAUUUCCAUCCUUUAAUAAUACGAGUGAAUGAUUUUUACUCAGCGUAUUGUUAUAUUUUACUGUUCAAUAGGUGAUUCUAUCAGUCACAUUAAUAUCAUCAGAUCUGAAAAGUGUCGUUAGUGUCUUUUAUUUUCUUGGUGGAUAUUUACUGAUUUUGUUUGUUUAUUGUUUAUUACACUGAAUAAACAACAUAACCUUUAAUGACAUUUUUAUCACUGGAAAACAAUCAGAGUUUAAACACGAGUCUCGCAUUAUACACAUGAAUUUAUCGAUCAUUAUCGAUCGGUCUGAUCUGAGGCGUGUCCGCGAGCCGCCAUGUUCUCCCGUGACGUCAGCAAACGGGAAGUGAGCUCGUUGUUCCGCUGCCUGGUUGCGGAGCGAGAGGCUCGCGGACCAAAACAACUCUUCCUCCUCCUCUUCCUCUUCUUCCUCCUCUUCCUCCUUGCGGACCAUGGACGGGAACCAGUGUUUACGUUGUCUCUCUGCUGUUCUGCGAACAUGAGCACCUCCAACCUGUCCACAGUGGAUGGCACUGAUAGGCUGUGUGUUUCUGAGCGUGCUCAGUGCGUCCCGUCUCGGGUCCUUCACCUGCGUCAGCUUCCCGCCGACGUCUCUGAACAGGAAGUGCUCGCUCUGGCGCUUCCCUUCGGCCGAGUUAGUAAACUGAUCACGCUGAAGACCAAGAACCAGGCGUUUUUAGAGAUGGCGUCGGAGGAAGCGGCUGUUACCAUGGUGAACUACUACACCUCGGCCACGCCCACCGUCAGGAACCAGCCAAUCUUCAUCCAGUACUCCACCCACCGUGAGCUCAAGACUGACAAUCUGACCAAUCAGAGAGCUCAGGCGGCGCUGCAGGCUAUCAGUGCAGCAGCAGUGCAUUCUGGGAGCAUGGCGUCAGGAGGGGAAGGGCGGGGCUUAGCCCCGGGUCAGAGUCCAGUCCUGAGGAUCAUCGUAGAGAAUUUAUUUUACCCUGUGACUCUGGAGGUUCUGCAGCAGAUCUUCAGUAAGUUCGGCUCCGUGUUGAAGAUCAUCACCUUCACCAGAAACAACCAGUUCCAGGCUCUGCUGCAGUUCAGUGACGCCGUGCACGCUCAGCACGCCAAGGCUGUGAGUCACGUGCACGCUCACACACACACACACACACACACACACACACACACACACACACACACACACAGAUGUAACAUGAUGUCAGAGGCUGUGGUCCAAUCAGACGUCAGCUCUGUGCUCCUGUGUUUCAGUCUCUCGGACGGUCAGAACAUCUAUAAUGGCUGCUGCACGCUCAGGAUCGACUUCUCCAAACUGAGCGCGCUCAACGUCAAAUACAACAACGACAAGAGCCGAGACUUCACCAGAGCCGACCUGCCGACCGGAGAGCUGGAGCCCGCCGCCGCCUUUGGUGUGGCCCUCCCUCCGUACGGAGCAGCAGCUUUCCCUCCAACCUUCCACCAACACACAGGUCUGUCGAUGGCGGCCGUCCCCGGUUCGUUGGUGUCUCCUCCUCGCGUCUCGCUGCAGGUGGCGCCCCCUGCUGUCCACUCAGUGCUGCUGGUGUCCAACCUGAACCCAGAGAGCGUCUCUCCUCACUGCCUCUUCAUCCUGUUCGGUGUUUACGGGGACGUUCAGAGAGUGAAAAUCCUCUUCAACAAGAAGGAAAACGCUCUGGUUCAGAUGAGCGACGCCACUCAGGCUCAACUCGCGAUGAGUCACCUGAACGGACAGCGUCUCCACGGUAACGUGAUCCGGGUGACGCUGUCCAAACACCCGGUGGUGCAGUUGCCUCGCGGGGGGGCGGGGCAGGAGGAGCAGGCACUGACCCGGGACUUCUCAGGCUCCGCCCUCCACCGCUUCAAAAAACCCGGGUCCAAAAAUUUUAACAACAUUUUCCCUCCGUCAGCGACGCUGCACCUCUCCAACAUCCCCUCCUCGGUCAGUGAGGAGGUGUUGAAGGAUUUAUUCUCCUCCAGUGGAUUCACAGUCAAAGCCUUCAAGUUUUUCCAGAAGGACAGGAAGAUGGCUCUGAUGCAGCUGGCGUCGGUGGAGGAGGCCAUCGAGGCUCUGAUCGCUCUGCACGACCACCAGCUGGACCACAACCAGCACCUCCGGGUCUCCUUCUCCAAGUCCACCAUCUGAGUCUCUGAGUCCAAGUCCACCAUCUGAGUCUCUGAGUCCAAGUCCACCAUCUGACCUUUGACCCCAGGACUCCCCACAGAUACAUUUGAAGCAGGUCAGCUGACCUGAACUUAGAGAUUUUUGUUGUAAUAACUUGUCGACUUGAUCUGUGACGUGUGAUCACAGUAACUCUGACAGGACUUAGCAUAACGACGAGUCAUUAGCCUGUUAGCCUCGAGUUUAGUUAGCUAGUAGCCCGUUAGCUAAUUUGUUCACAGCGUAACGUUCAUAAUGUAAUUACACACAAAGAAGAACCUGGGUUGUAAAUCUGAGUCAGAGACAUCGGGAAUUACGAUAUUUUCAUCCAGUCGAUGGAAAUAUCGUAAUUACAUGUCAAGUUAAAAAAAUAUGAGAUAUUAAAAUAUGAGUCAGAAGAAAAAGUUAAACAUUUACUCUAAACAUCGUAAACACUAAUUAGCCCAGAGACUAAAGGUGAAGGCUAACAUGCUAAUAGCUAAUUAACACAGAUGCUAACAGUCAGAUAGCUCGACCUCUGACCCUCUGAUGUCACACACUCUGUGGACAUUUCAACCAUUUUCGCUUCAACUUCUCUCCUGACCUUUGACCUUUGGUCAGACUUCAGGUAUUCUGAUUGGCCCGUGGUGGAAACAAACGGACCAAUGGGAGAGCCCCGACUCACCAAUGAUCUGUGCCUACAAACACUUUGACAUCACGGUGACAGAUGAUGUCACUGCGAGGGGCCGUCGCUAUGGUUACAGCGGUUACAGAGCACAUUCCUGAGCAGACUAAGAACUGAGUAGCAAUGCAUUGUGGGUAGUGGAAUCCAAUGAGGAGCCAAUGUGAGUUGAACUGUUUUUGUCUAAAUGUUAAAUUAAUGUGAUGCAGAAAAAAAAAUCAGGAAAAAUUUUCUUUUUUAAGUCAAAAAGAGAAUUUUCAAAAUAAAACCUGCCUUUUCUUAAAAUCCCAAAAUAAUGGAAAGAUUAAACUUUCCAUUUGUUUUGUUGUUUAUUUUAUAUUCAGAGUUACUCAGCAUGGAUUUAAUGGUCUUGUAAACUGUAAUUAUUGAAGUUAUUUAUUUAGUUUCACUGUAACUUUCAGCAAAAAGCAAAAUGAAAUAAUUUGUCUUUUUAUUAUUUUUUCUGUUUUUCGUUAAAAUCGUUACAGGUUUUUUUAAUUUUAUUGUUAAACGUUUAAAUUUUUUUCAGUUCUGCUGAUUUACUCAAACUUCCAUGUUAUUUUUGAAUUUUCAGUGAUGUGCCUUUCCAUCGGCGCUUCACACUGCUCUCUGGUUGAAAUGAUCAUUAGUAUUAUUAUUAUUAUUAUUGCUAUUGUUUUUAGAGUUUUGCUGGUUACGAUCUCAACAAACCUUCUUCUGUGCCUUAUUUUUCUGAAUUAUUCUUCUGGUCUUUGGUUUUUUAUGUGGUGGUCGGGUGGAGUUUCAGUGGCGGGUCGUGUUGAUCUGAUGACGAUUUUUUUGUAGGAUUUUUUCACUUAGUUAAAAAUAUUUUUUGUUAAACAUUUUAUUGUUGGUAUACAUUUUUGGGAGGGUUUUUUUAAUCAUGAAUGUAUUUAUACUGUACAACAUGAAAUAGGUAAUGCUUUCGGCGUCCUGCCCACCUGUCGUACUUGCGUGUGUGUAUUUAUAUAUAUGUGUGUGUAUAUAUAAGUGUGUGUGUGUGUGUGUGUGUGUGUGUGUGUGUAUCAUACUGAGCUGUGAUUGGUUGAUCCUCAAAUGCCCCACCCUCUUUUUUUCUAUUAAAAUAUAUUUAAUUCAAAUUCAGCUCUUUGAUUUUUUAUGUUACUUUUUCUUUGCCGUUUAAGAAACAAACAGGUUUUAGUUUUUGUUUGGAUUCGUGAUGUUGGUGAUUUUCUUUAAACAGGAAACAAGCCAGAAAAAACAGGAAGCUGCCGAUUCCCAGUUUGCCUUCUGACCUCUGACCUCUGACCUCUGACCCUCCUGCUGAUUUCAGUCGUUUAGAGAGUGAGAGUGAGGUGGUGGCUGAGUCUUUGUUGUUUUAGGUUUCAGUUUUUGGUUUGUCAGUUUAGCUGGAAAAGGACAGUUUGUGUUACAAUAAUUUUUUUGGUAAUUUUUUUUGUUACAUUUAAAGAAAAAAAAUUUUACUUAAAUUUUCUUUAGUGAGAAAAAAACGCAAUGAUUUUACAACAGCACAGUUUAAAUCUUUUUAUUCUUAAAUUUGUUGUUUACAAUGAGUUGAGAAAAGUCGGGGGCAGGGUCAAACCAAGCCAAAGUUUGUGUGCCUUUUAAUUGGACCAACUCAUUUUCUCAUUAUGACAUCACUUCCUGUUUGAUGGCUUUCCCAAUUUUUCUUUUUUGUAUCUUUAAGUUGUUGAUUCUUGUAAACAUAAUACUUUUAAUGUAUCGUUAUUUAAAUGUUGAUGUUUUCACUACGAUAUUUGUUUCAUAUGAAGUUCAAGUUUUUUUUAACAAGGUCAGAUUUUUGUUUCAGAACUGUGACAUCACAUCCUGUUUCAGGGCUAAACGUGUCGAGAUUUCAUCAAAUUAAACAUUAAUGUAACCGUACAUUAACCACACCCACUCAUCAAACCACACCCUCCAAGUUUUGUGUCAAUCAAAACCGAAGUCACAUGAUCAAUUAACUGAUGUUGAAAUAAACUCUUCUGAUUGGCUUAAAUUAAACAUUCUGAAAACACAUUUUAAAUGUUAUAUGUCAAACAAGUUACAUGAAACUGAAUCUUUAAAGUGUCUGAAAUUAUUGAAAAUAUAUUUUCUAGAAACAGUUUGAAGCAUCUGAAAGUUUAAAGUCAUAUUUAGUUUGUUAUUAAAAUUUGGUUUUGUCUCCAAAUUCACUUAAAAUUCACUUGAAACUUCAAGUUUGUUUUCGUUGGUUAACUGUAAACUGACUGGACCGAAGUCUGUUUUUACACCUGAAUGUAUCAUUUGUUUUUUCAUGCUAAUGAAUGUAAAGUACUUGUGGUGCAUUGUGGGAGCAGGUGGGACUAUUAUUGUUAUUAUUACAUGAAAUAUUUUUAAUAUUGAACCAAUGCAUGAUGGGGGGGCUUUUAUCUGUGCUCAAUGAGAGAAAAAAAAUUGUUUAAUUUUUAUUUAUUCUGAAAGUGUGACAGGAAGUUGUAGCAUGAAUCACUGAAUAAAUAAAUCAUCUGACAACCAGUGGCCGUCUGCUGUCUCUCCUCUCAGCCAAUCAGGAAGCAACAAACAACUCCUACAAAUUAAAGUAAAUUUUUGAAAGGAUAAAACUUUAUUGUUCCUGUGUUGACACAGUCCUUGGCUGUGGUCUGGUCGCUCCGCAGGCCACGGGACUGUCACUUUAAAAAAACAACAACAAUUAACAAAUAAGAAUCCUACUGAUCCUAUUGGAUGACGGCGUCAGGGGUUCGUCCGACUCAGCUGACGUCAUCAACCAAACCGCCUGUGGCUACGCUAACAGCUAACGGCUAACAGUGAAACAACACGGCUUAGAAAACACUCGCGAUCGUCCACACACACACACACACACACACACACACAGUACAGUGUUUGACUCAAACUGCGAAACAAAAACUUUCAAAAA